UAAAAUGAAAGCAUUAAUGUGUUUUACGUGGUGCAAAACUCCCCAAUGGGUUUUGAACUUUUGUUUGAAGUGGAUCCAUCGGUGAUCACUGGAUGGCAACACAAGUGUUGAAAAGAUCAAGAAGUAUCUCAAAUCACAAGACAAGACGACAACAAUGUGGUGGAAGGAAGGGAUCUGCCUCAUUCUUUACCUCUUUUCUCAAGUCACACUUAUGUGUCAUGGCCUGAAAGGAGAAUGUCAGGGACGGGAUUAUGGCCAUGGCAGCAUUGUGUGUGUGUGUGACACCAGCCACUGCGACACCCUCCCCCAUAUCACUCCACCAAUCCUCCCUUCAGCAUUCAUCAUUUCCACCAACAAGGCUGGUCGCCGCUGGGAGGUCACCAGUGACAAUUUUAUUGAUCUCUUCAGUGACAGUACCUUCAGUGAUGUCUUAUCAGAUGGUGAGUUGGAGGAGGAGGAGGAGGAAGAAGAAGAGGUGGUGGUGGUAAAGGUGGAGCAUGGGGAGGGUUACCAGAAAAUUAUUGGGUUUGGUGGUGCAUUCACUGAUGCAGCAGGACUCAACAUCCUUUCUUUGCCCCCAGAGCUGCAGGACACUGUACUCAGGGCUUAUUAUUCCCCUGAGGGCCUGGAGUACACCAUGGGGCGAGUACCAGUGGGAGGCACUGACUUCAGCACCCACCCUUACACCUAUGAUGACUUGCCCCCUGGCCAGACUGACCCUCUUUUGACAAAGUUUGCAUUGGCUAAAGAGGAUCUGAAGGUCAAGAUACCCCUGAUCCAGAAAGCAUUGGCCAUGUCUCCAGUACCUAUCAAGCUCUUUGGGUCAGCUUGGGGUGCACCUGGCUGGAUGAAGGACUCAGGCAAAAUUGCAGGCAAAGGCAAGGUGCUACUGAAGUACUAUAAGACUUGGGCACAGUACUAUGUGAGGUUCCUACAGAACUAUGGUCAACACAAUAUAAGUUUUUGGGGACUCACUGCCCAAAAUGAGCCAACAGAUGGACUUCAAUCAUCAUUUAGUUUUAAUGCAGUUGGAUGGACCCCCAAGGAACAGGCUGAGUGGAUGGGGCGGUUCCUUGGCCCAACCCUGGAGAGUGCUGGCUUGGGUCACAUCAAACUGAUGGUGCUUGAUGACAAUCGCAUCUUUUUGCCCAAAUGGGUGGAUGAUGUGAUGAGCAAUGCUGCUGCUGCCAAGUAUGUGUCUGGUGUGGCUGUGCAUUGGUAUACAGACUGGUUCACUCCACCCUUGACCCUGGACUUAACACACAGCCGCCACCCACAGCUUUUCAUCUUGUAUUCAGAGGCUUGUACUGGUCAGUGGCCGUGGCAACCUCUCAAGGUAGUGCUGGGGUACUGGCCACGGGCUGAGAGCUAUGCAGCGAACAUCAUAGAGGGUCUAGAACACUGGUCUACUGGCUGGAUAGACUGGAACCUGGCCCUGGAUGUGAAGGGAGGACCAAACUGGGUCAAGAACAAUGUUGAUGCUCCUAUUAUUGUUAAUGCUAGUGCUGGGGAGGUGUACAAGCAGCCCAUGUACUACACCUUGGCACACUUCACCAAGCUGCUGCUUCCAGGAAGUGUGCGGGUAAAGCUUAGUUUUCCUAGUGUUAACUACACUAACAUUUUACACACAGCCUUUGUACGCCCUGACAAUGCUACUGUCGUCACCUUCCUCAACAGGGAUAAUUAUUCAGUACGCAUACGUCUCCACGACCAUCGCUUGGGGAGUCUGAGGCUGCGUAUGGAACCUCGGUCACUGGUCUCUGUCAUCUGGGGAGCUCCAAGGGAUUGAGAAGAGAGAACAUUGUAAGUGGCUUCAAGUAGGUGUGUGGCUCUUUCCUUUAUUUUCCUUUGCAUAAACUUUUGUUAAUGGUCAUAGUAAUUACCUAUAUUUUCUUUCAUACAAAUUUUAAUGGCCACAGUAAUACUGAAAUAGAUGAAACAGCUUAGCAACUUCCUCUUAAGAGCUACCUAAAGAUGAUUGUUUACUAGCUUUUGAGUUUGUCUUCUCAUGAGAUACUGCAGUUAAUAGUAUGUAUCCUGGUGGAGAUGAAAGUGCACGCUUGUAGACAAAGUAUUUUUCAGACAGUUGAAGUGACUGAUUCUUUUUUUUUUUUUUUUUUUUUUUUUUUUUAUCUGUAAAUUGUAGUGACAGAAUCAGCAUAUUUAAGUUCUGUAGGAUACCGUUUAUUUAAUCUAUUUUACAUUUCAUUUAUUUGUUUAUUUUGUUUUUACCUUGAAAAGAUAGCACUGAUGUUUUUUUCUUCCUGUUUCCUUUUUUUGAGAGGAAAGAUGAUGAGUUAUAGACUUUUGUCAUCUAGUCAGUUGUGCUCUGCUGCACUUUUUUUUUUUUUUUUUUUUUUGUGUGUGUGUGUGUGUGUGUGCUCUCCUUCAAUACAUGUAGAGUAUGUAUGUACUUUGUAUAUGUUGUACAAUGUUCAUUGCUAUCUGUAUUCUGUUUCAUUUCUUUAUUUACUGUUACUUACAAGAAUGCCAAAUUGGUUGCCUGUCAAAACAAGACAGUAUACUUAUAUUUGUUGGUGUGCUUAUGAUUUGCAUGACAAUGUUUAUGAUAGAGUGUACUGCUUUAUGAAGUAUUAUGAAUUAUAUAGGUUUAAUCAAGAAUUUGGAAGAGUAAAUAUUACUAACUAAGCAGUUAUGGUUAUUAACUUAAACAAAAUACUCGUUAGAAAAUUUAACAUUGAUGCCGUAAUUGUGUACUAUACAUGCAAAUCCUUGCAUGUACAGUACACAGUUAAGGUGCAUUGUACUAUGUCCAUCAUUGCAUCAUAGGGGAUGUGGUAAAGUCUUAAAAAUUUCAAAGAUUAGCAAUUCCUGCAAAAUACAAGGGAGCGAGACUUUUUUUUUCAGACCUUAAAAUCAAAUAUUUGUAUUUUAUAUCUCAAAUAGGUUAUAAUACUUAGAUGAGGUAACAGAGAGACCACAAGAAUAUUUUGUGAUACUUGUACUGUGCCUUAAGUAAGGCUUUUAGUUAUUAAAACAGUUUUUAUA